AUGCGUGUGCCAGAACGGAAGAGUUGGUCUCGGCUGAAGGCGCAAAGCUCAAAACGAACCGUAGGCUUCUUUCCAGGAACCAGGCUUUCCUCGCACUUCGAUUCUUACCUUUCCAGAUCAGCAGCACACCUCUUGAUCUUCACACAGUCACCUGGGAUCGGCAAUUCCGACCGCACCGAGCAGGACUGUCUGGCUGAUCGGCCAAGCCGGCAUUACACUCAUCAUCUUCUCACGCCAAGAAUGAGUCUGCCGUCGUCCUUGACGGUGGUGUAUCCGCCUUCGUUCCAAAACUCGUUCUGGACGCAUCCUUCCUACCGUCCAGGCGCACACAGCCUCUACGCCAAGCUGCAGGCAGGUCUCGACGAGAACGAGUCCAUCCUCGCCUUCGUAGCGCACCGUGCAGAGCUUGAAUACAACCAUGCAGAGGCUCUGGCAACCCCACCACCACCCCCCUCGUUCGCUGCUCCCUUCUUCAAGCAGGCGGCCGGGAUCCUCCACGAAGUGCUGCCAAUCGAUGGCCAUGCGUCUACCGCUUCGACGCGAGGCUUCACCGCCAACACCUCGGCCACCUCGCGUGCGUUUCGAAUGAUCCAGGCCGAGACCAACACCACCCACGCCAACGCUCACGGCAAAAUCGCUCGUCAUCUCGAAAAGUCCAUCCUCGAACCCUUUGGCAAGUGGGCCGCCGAUCACCGACAACGCGUCACGCAGAGCUGGGAACACGUCGAUGCCACUCUCGGUCGCUUUGAACGUCACAAGGCAGAGGUCGACAAGCUCAAAAAUAGCUACGAGAACAAAUGCCGCAUCGCCGACGAAGCAGAGGACGAUGCACGUUUCGCCCCCAUCGACGAAUCUGAUGGCGUCCAAUCACCUCCUGCUAGGUCAUCCGAUAGCACGCUUCGACCUCCAGCACCACCGGGCUCUGGCAUUCAGCGCAGGAGCGUCUCGGCUGGCAGCAACAAGUCGAUCGAAGGCAACGAGGACGAGACGGAUGCUGAAAAGCUCAAACGCCGAGAAACGGUCCGCAAGCAAUUUGGCUUUUCGCAACGGGCCACCUCGGCGACUCUGACCUCACCAUCUGCCGAAAACGACUUUGCAGGAGUUAAGCUACCACCGCUUCCCACCGAGACCGAAGGACAAGCUCUGCUGAGUGCUGCCGAGACCAGCGCUAGCAGCCUCAAGCGAUCCGGUACCAUCUCGGCGUUUGUCAACUCGGCAGUGGAAAAGAUGCCGGCGCCCAUCAAGGCGGCUGUCGGCGGUGUCGUGUCCGCCGAACUUCGUCAUCUCAGGCUCAGGCGCGACGCCGACAACGCAGAAAAGGUCUAUGAGGAGGCGGUGCGCAACCUCGAUCGCACCCGUUGCCAUCUCGAAGAGGUCCUCUUCGAGCAUUACGGACUUACUCAGCGCUGGGAAGCCGACCGCAUCCGUGCAGUCCAGUCGGUGCUCGCCUCAUACAAUCAGGCCAUCUCGGCUCAAGGUCCUAUCCUGCAACAGUCGACUGCGCGGUCCUUCAAGAUCCAUCAGGGCCUGGACCCCACGCUCGAACUACGCGCCCUCAUCCGCCAGGCUCGAACAGGCCCCUUCCAUCCCGCCAUUGAACGCUUCCAGCCGUACUAUCACGACGAGACCUCGCUCGGUCGCAAGGCAGGUGCUCAAGGCGUGGCUCAUGGAUGGCUCGUCAAGAACGGUGGAUUUGGGCUCAAUUUGUCGCUGGUUGAGCGUCUUGAUUACCUCGAGCGACUCGAGCGUCAGCAGUCGGGAUCAGCUCCAGAGUCGAAUCCUUCACAGCAGCUCGCUACGCUGCCACCAGUCCUGACUGCACUUCUGGCUGCAUUGGAUCGCGCCUACGCCGACACUGAGCGUUGGAACGUGCUCGUCAAAGCUCUAUCUGCCCCUGUGAAUGAAACCGACGAUGCCGCGGAAUCCACCGAAGAGAAAGGCGAAGUGGACAGCAAGCUGAUCGGAAAAGAGAAGCGCAAGAUAUGGAUCCUCGAAGUGCCCCUUUCCAUCACCCACCGCUUGCGAGAUGCGCUGAUCGCUCACCUCAACCCUUCCCUCGCCGAUCGUAUCUAUGGCGGCAACGGCGCCAGUCUCGCAGAUGGCAAUCCGAUCCCAGACAAGCUUCUCGAUGCUUACGAUCCACCCGUUCUCGCUGCUUGCAUCAAGCUGUGGCUGUUGGAGCUAGAGUAUUCCCUCAUCACCGAAGACCUUUGGGAUCAGAUCGAUUCUGUCUAUCGUGCUGCUGAUGCUCAGGAGCACGAAGCGCUCGCUUCCACCACGCCGACCAUGCCCAGUGCCAGAGAGGGUGUCGCAAGGGAGGACAUUGCCGCGGAUUCCUCGAAUGUCUCUGCAUCUCCAGCGAAGAAGCCGGAGAUUGACGAUGCUACUCGAGACAAGAUCAAGGCUGGUGUACUGGAAGACCUUCGCGUAGUCCUCAACAAGCUUCCCAAAAUCCACCUUGCCUGUCUCGAUGCCAUUUUCGGCCAUCUUCGGAAGCUUUUGCUCUCGACCGAGUCGACCGAAUCAGACGAAGUGUACGCAAACAAGCUCGGGUUGGCGUUUGGACGAGCCCUGUUACGACCCCAGAGGGAGACGGCAUACACGGUGUCGUCCCAAAUCGGAACGCUCGUCGUUGUGGAUCUCGUACAGCACUACGAUUCCAUCUUCCCCGAGCUGGUCGAGAAGAAGCUCAAGGAAGUUGCCACUCCAAACGGCAAGAAAGGCUGGCAGAGGCCGACGCCGAUCCGAAAGAGGACCAAGCCGGUCGAUCAGAGAAUCUCGCGCUCGAGCAUUGGCAGCGACCUUCAGCAGGGAGCAAAGAUUUUUGUCGAGCAAAUGGGUCGCUCAGAAGAGCAACCUCCCCUGCCAGAGAAGCAGCUUGCCGACAGCGAAAAGACUCAAGCCAUGCCACCAGUGAUCGAUACUUCGUCCAGCAACGCCACUGCUCAGCAAAAAAUGGACGACGAUCUUGCCGCACCAACUCCACUCACCGAUCGAAUGCUCUCCUCCUCCCAUCAGCUCGAAGCAGAGACCAUCUCCGCGGCAUCCGAAACGGCCGAGUCCACCAAACUCGAGGACGACGACACCAAACCCCUCUCCAACGUCGCCAGGCUCUCGCGGCAGUUCGGCGCCCUGGGCUCCGGAGGUGCCACCGGCGCGACCAGCAAGAGGACCAGCUUGGGCGGCGUCAGGGGUCCUCGACCUGCAGGCGCCAGAUCCGCCCGGAUGUCCGGCCAAUUCAGCGCCAGCUCCGAUACCAGCGUCGGCGCCGAACCACCUGCACCGGCAAAGACCGCCUCGGACCAGUCGUAA